AAUCCAAGUCAAGAAGACAAUGAUGAUGAUGUAACAGAAGUAAAGACAGAAAAAGGCGAUGCCUUUUUAAUGGCACUUAAUGCUAUUAAUAAUUGUAAGGCUGACUUAAUUGAACAUUUCAUGAUCGCUAGUAACUUGGCCCAGUCACAGAAAAAUAUUUCAAGUAGUAAUAUGGAAGGUGAAGUAUGGGAAAAUAUGCAUGAAGAGGGAGAUACCAAUCAAGAGAAUAUUUGUCAUAGUAUAAGUCCAGCUUUUAGUGUGUCAUCUAAGCCCAUUAGUGAUGAUGAGUCACGUAGGAGAAAACCAAAAAGGAUGAAAAGGGAGUCUAAGGAUGCACGAGUCGAAAUAUCAAAUAUAAGAUUGGAACUUCACAAAAACUGGCCUGACAUAAAGUUUGAAAGGUCUAGAGACCAAUUUGAGUAUAACGCACUUUGUGCUAUUGGGAAUGACUUAGAUUUAGCUUUAAGCACUUCAACGGCGGAUGAGGCCGGUUUGGAAACAGAUCACACUGGAAACAAAAACUCUAUUCACCAGAAAGAGAAAGAAAUAGACUGUAUAGUACCAAAAGAGAAAGAAAUGAUACAUUCUCGUAUUACAACUAUGGAGGCCUGGGGCACUACACAAAUAAUUGCACCUCAAGAUCGAAUAGACGACCAUUUGAAAAAAACCCGAGUAAUCUGGGAUGACUUCAUUGAUUUUUGUAAUGCAUAUAAACUAGUAGCUUUACCAGCCUCACAAAAUAGUGUAUUGGCAUACUUAAUCUGGUCAGACAUGCGUGGAAGAGCAUUGAAAUCUACACUUGUUCUUACAGCAAUAGCAAAUCAGCAUAGUGCGCACAACUUACCAGAUCCUACAAAAAACUAUAAACUCGAUUGUCAAACGAGUAGCAGAAGAUAUUCGAGUCACAGUUUGCGUAUAGGGGGAGCAACGACUGCAAUGAAAGCAGGUCUUUCAUUACCACAGAUAAUGGCCAUAG